CUGCUGACAGACAGCAGCAGAAAUAUAUUACUUGGAUAAAAAAAGUGGAUAAAGAAUAAAUAAUUACCUUUUUUCUUGGUCUCAAGAGAUUUCAUCAGGAGCCAUGGCCACACUCGGACAAAUCAUCUUCUACAGCAUGCUCAUCAUCAUCGUCAUACUUAGUUUCUUCAUCAUCCUCUUCUUCUCUCUGGCCUUCUCAAAGCCCCAGUCCAAUGUGAUAAGCAGCAGUACAAAGCCUGUCGCCAACCUUGGUGGGGAUCAGCUGCUCAGCUGCUAUCUUGACACACAAACUUCCCAAGACAAAGUGACAGUGACCUGGAAGAAGACGGACCUGACCGGCCUGGUUUACUUUUAUCAGAAUGGAGCUCCGGAUCUGACGAAUCAGGCGUCACAGUUCAGUGGGAGAACUCAGCUCUUCCCUGAGGCUGUAGUCACAGGCAAUGCCUCUCUGCUGCUGAGGAAUGUGAGACGCAGCGAUGAGGGGAAGUACACAUGCAGCAUCAGCUCCUCUAAAGGUGGAGGAGAGGUCAGCAUUCAACUCAGAACAGCAGCUUUUUCAGCGCCCACUUUCACCUUCUCAAAUGGCACCCUGUCUGCUGAGGCAGUCAGGUGGUUCCCUAAGCCAAGCUUUUUGUGGUUAAACCAAACUGAGAACAUCCUGAAUGGAAGCACCACUUUCACAGAAAACUCUGAGGGGAUAUUCAGCAUCUUCAGCACACUGCUGUCGGUCCAAGUCAGUGACACCUACAGCUUCAGGAUUGAAAACAACUUGGUGAUGUCUCUUUCUGAAGCAACUAUAUCAGGCUCGAACGUUUCAUGGAGGACUUAUUUCACCUUCAGUGCUGCUUCAUUCCGUCCAGUUGGAUCACUUUAUCUCAUUAUUAUGACCAGUUUCCUCUGCAUCUAUUAUGUGACCGUUUGACACACUAAUGUACACAAAAAAACACAACAGAUAUAGGCAGAUACUACCCCUGGCUGCAUAUGUGUGUGCAUGUGCUGCAUUUAAGGUCAGGAUAUGUCAAAAGUAAAGACUGACAUUCACAAA